AUGGGAACUCCUGGAUCAGGACGGAAGAGAACUCCAGUGAAAGACAGGUUUUCUGCAGAAGAUGAAGCUCUGAGUAACAUUGCCAGAGAGGCCGAAGCCAGGCUUGCAGCCAAGCGGGCAGCUCGAGCAGAAGCAAGAGAUAUACGUAUGAGAGAGCUGGAACGACAGCAAAAAGAGUUUUCUCAGCAUUCAUAUGAUAGAAAAUGGGCUCAUAUCCAGAAAUGGAUGGAAGAUUCAGAGAGGGCCAGGUAUUCUCACCGGUCCAGUCGACAUUCAUAUUUGGGAGCAGAUGAUGCUUUAAGUCUUCCAAGUAGUAGCAGUUUUAGAUACGACAGUGCUAAGGAUAGAUCUACAAGAUACUCAGUUCCUAGUCAUGCUUACAGUGAAUCUCAUAGUUCAAAGAAGAAAGCUGCUUAUUCCCAUAAAGAUUUAUUGAGUGGAAUUUACUAUGAUCAAAGAAAUUAUAGCAGCCUUAGAUAUAGUAAACCAGUUCCUUCCUACCAUACUCGGUCAUCUUCUCUAUACAGUGAUCCAGUGGCAACAACUAGGAGUUACAGGGUGUCUCCUUCUGUAAACACUGGUUUGAUAAGAAGUAUCAGUUUGGCAUCUUUGUGUGGUGAUGGAUUACAUAGCUCAUAUAGUUCUCGCACUCCAUCUGAAUACAGUUAUUCUUCAAGAGCAAGCUCAGUUCGAAGCAGUCCUGUGUCCUCUGAUUUUUCUGAUCAAAGUGAAACUGCUGCUGACUAUUUUAGUCGUUCCAACCGCAGAGGAAGCAUUGUUUCCGAUGCAGAUGAUGUCCAAGGUUUGAAUAGUCUGGAAGAAAAGAGUGAAAAAUCCCAUUCAGAAAUAUUUUCAAGGCCAUCAUCUCGCAAUUCGACAAGUGCAACUCCUCUGAGUGGCAACUCAUCUAGGAGAGGAAGUGGAGACACAAGCAGUUUGGUGGAUCCUGAUGCCUCCCUCAGUGAAUUACGGGAUAUCUAUGAUCUUAAGGACCAGAUACACGAUGUAGAAGGGAGAUACAUGCAGGGACUUAAAGAACUAAAGGAUUCACUAGCUGAAGUUGAAGAGAAGUACAAGAAAGCUAUGGUUUCCAAUGCUCAACUAGACAACGAGAAAAACAACUUGGUUUACCAAGUGGAUACUCUAAAGGACGUCAUUGAGGAGAAAGAAGAACAGAUAGCAGAGUACUAUAGGGAGAACGAAGAGAAGUCAAAGGAAUUGGAAAGACAGAAACACACAUGCAGUAUUCUGCAGCAUAAGUUGGAUGAACUUAAAGAGGGCCUUCGACAGAGAGAUGAAUUGAUAGAGGAGAAUCAACGCAUGCAGCAGAAUAUAGACUCCAUAACCAAAGAGGUGUUUGAUCUCCAGGAGACAAUUAAUUGGAAAGAUAAAAAAAUAGGGGCCCUAGAAAGACAGAAAGAUUACUUUGACUGCAUUAAGAAUGAGCGAGAUGAGCUCAGAGAGGAGUUGGCUGACCUGAAGGAAACAAUGAAGAGAGGAGAGAAACAUGGAUUAGUUAUAAUUCCAGAUGGCACGCCAAAUGGUGAUGUAAACCAUGAAUCAAUGGUUGGUGCAAUAACAGUUGUAUCGCAGGAAGCUGCUCAAGUCUUGGAAUCUGCAGGAGAAGGACCACUAGAUGUCCGGCUACGAAAACUGGCUGGAGAAAAGGAAGAAUUACUGUCCCAGGUUAGAAAACUGAAGAUGCAGUUGGAAGAAGAACGACAGAAAUAUUCUAAAAGUGAUGGCAUGAAUCCAGAUAUCUUAAGCUUAGAGAAUGGUUCUGACUUGCAGUUAAUUGAAAUGCAGAGAGAUGCCAACAGACAAAUUAGCGAAUACAAAUUUAAGCUUUCAAAAGCUGAACAAGAUAUAACUACCUUGGAACAAAAUAUUGGACGACUUGAGGGGCAGGUUGCAAGGUAUAAAAAUGCAGCAGAAAAUGCAGAAAAAGUAGAAGAUGAACUCAAAGCUGAGAAAAGGAAGCUUCAGCGAGAGUUAAGAACAGCACUGGAUAAGAUAGAAGAGAUGGAGAUGACCAAUAGCCACUUAAUGAAAAGGUUGGAGAAGAUGAAGGCAAACAGGACUGCGCUUUUAGCUCAGCAGUGAAGUGGAAAUUGAAAAUAUGAUGCACUGCUCCUUGAAUAACUAGUCCCUAUCUUGUUUUUAAAUACAGACUUUCAUUGGCACAAACUAUUUGAACACUGAGCUGUUCAUUGGUGUUUUAGUUUCAUAAUUAAAUGGCAUACAUCUUUUUGUAACUUAUGAGAGAAUGAAAUGUAGUUUGAAUUCCCAUGUGAAUGACAGCAAUUUUUCUGUAGCGUUUGAUUCUAGAGUCAGAGCUGGAGCACAAUGCUGUAUGUUCAACUUAGUGACAGAAAACGUUUUUAUAACUGUGGAAUCAAGUUUACUCACGAUCUCUUUUGGCUGCUUUAAUGAUGCUUGAUGCUCGGAGACAACUGCAUGAGUUCAAGACGACACUGUUUUACUGUAUUGUAAACUAACAUAUUUGCUCAAGACAUCACACAGCACAAGUGCCUUUUAUCUGGUGCAAUUUAGACUUCAUUGUUCAAAUAACCUUUGAAAUCAGAUAACAUUUUAUUUUAAGAUACAUUUGGGGUAUUCACUAAACUUUAUACAUUUUGAAAAUGCAUUUUUGUAAAAUAUUUAAAUUUAUAAGAAAAACUAAGGCCUGUAUAUAAAAAUCUGCUUUUUUUUGCAUGGGCACAUCUGAGCUCCUAGGUAAUUUUGUUGAAUACUAGCUCUGAUACUCUUAGUAUUAAGAGUGUGGAUUUAAAAACUUCUGUUGUACACCAUCAAAUUAUGUCAUCUGCUGCUUAAGUGUGAAUUGAAAUUUAAGGGUGGGAGGAAGGGGUGGGAAAUGUGGCUAAGGAGUUUAUUAAAUGGACACAU